AUGGGGGCCAAUCCUGNGCUGCUGCGCCCCCGGCUGCACGGGCUGCGGCAGAUGUGCUCGCGGCGGGCGGCGCUGCAGCGGCGGGCGCUGUGGGUGCUGGCUUUCUGCACCUCGCUGGGCUUGCUGCUCUCCUGGUCCUCCAGCCGGCUGCUGCACUGGCUCGCCUUCCCCUCGCACACCCAGGUGCGCACCGAGUGGAGCCGCCAGCUGCCCUUCCCCGCCGUCACCCUCUGCAACAACAACCCGCUGCGCUUCCCCCGCCUCUCCAAGGGGGACCUCUACUACGCCGGCCACUGGCUGGGGCUGCUGCUGCCCAACCGCACCGCCCGCCCGCUGGUCACCGAGCUGCUCCGCGGCGACCCGGCGCGCCUGCAGUGGUUCGCCAAGCUCGCCGACUUCCGCCUCUUCCUGCCGCCCCGCCACUACGAGGGCAUCAGCGCCGACUUCAUGGACCGCUUGGGCCACCAGCUGGAGGACAUGCUGCUCUCCUGCAAGUACCGCGGCGAACUCUGCGGGCCCCAGAACUUCUCCGCGGUGUUUACAAAAUAUGGGAAAUGUUACAUGUUUAACUCAGGAGAAGAAGGGCGGCCCCUGCUUACCACAGUCAAAGGUGGGACGGGCAAUGGAUUGGAGAUCAUGCUGGACAUACAGCAGGAUGAAUACUUACCAAUAUGGGGAGAAACAGAGGAAACGACGUUUGAAGCUGGAGUCAAAGUUCAGAUCCACAGCCAGUCGGAGCCACCCUUCGUCCAAGAACUUGGCUUCGGAGUGGCCCCUGGAUUUCAGACCUUUGUCGCCACACAGGAACAACGGCUGACCUACCUGCCCCCUCCGUGGGGCGAGUGUCGCUCGUCGGAUGUGGGCUUAGACUUUUUCCCCGUUUACAGUAUCACGGCUUGCAGGAUCGACUGUGAAACUCGCUACAUUGUGGAAAACUGCAACUGCAAAAUGGUCCACAUGCCAGGGGACGCUCCGUUCUGUACUCCAGAGCAGUAUAAGGAAUGUGCAGAGCCUGCGUUGGGUUUGCUUGCUGAAAAGGACAGCAAUUACUGUAUCUGCAGGAUGCCGUGUAACCUGACCAGGUACAACAAAGAACUCUCCAUGGUGAAGAUCCCCAGCAAGACUUCAGCCAAGUACUUGGAGAAGAAGUUUAACAAGUCUGAAAAAUACAUCUCAGAGAAUAUUCUCGUGCUGGAUAUAUUUUUUGAAGCACUCAACUAUGAGACAAUUGAGCAGAAGAAAGCAUACGAAGUGGCAGCUUUACUUGGUGACAUUGGCGGUCAGAUGGGAUUGUUUGUUGGUGCUAGUAUCCUUACAGUACUAGAGCUCUUUGAUUAUAUUUACGAGCUGAUCAAGGAAAGAUUGUUAGACCUGCUUGGCAAGGAGGAGGAGGAGGGGAGCCAUGACGAAAACGUGAGCACUUGCGACCCCAUUCCAAAUCAUUCCGAAACCAUCAGCCACACUGUGAACGUGCCCCUGCAGACGACCCUGGGAACGCUGGAGGAAAUCGCCUGCUGACACUUCUUUGCCAGCUCCGGAGUGCCAAGAACAACCGAAAGGAGACUGCCCAGGAAAGCAAGGACCAAGCUCAGGUUUGCACCGGGGGAAAAGGAAGAAAAUCGCUAUGCAUUAAAAAAAAAUAAUAUAUAUCUAUGUAUAACUGUAUAUAUAUUCUACAUCUCUGCCAAAACCAAGCGAGCGGCGCCUUGGCCUUGACACACGUCGUCCUUUCCUGUGGCGGGGCUUGUCUUCGGGAUCUGAAGACACACUUGUUUUUGAACUGUACAGACCAACCCAGAAACUAAGAAACCCACCAUUUCAUAUACUGUCGACUGUAUAAAGCACUUGCAUGCCGGUACUUUUUAUGAGAAUCUAUUCCUAGCUGUCUUUCUAAGCUCUGUUCCUCUGUACAGGCUCUGAUUUCACUACCAAGAAGGAAUUUUGCAGGCCCGUCCAGCCCUGAAAUCGCCGUUAAUUAGGCUGUAUUAGAAUAAAGAACCAAACAAACGUGCAGCUCUUGGACUCUGCUUACCUCCUUGUUCUUCUUGUCAGUUUGCUAGGCCCGGCCCCCCAAAGGCUAAGCCGUGCUGUAGCCGGGCCUGGCAGAGGGACCACACCUGCAGUCCGAUUUACUGACCUGGAUGGCUCUCGGAUGACCACACCCGCGGCUACUGUGUCAUGCUCCUGGGUCUGUAACGCAGCUUGUACAGUCCGGUUCGGGGAGGGGUAGGA